AUGACACGGACCAACAUGAUGAACCUUUCAACGUUAUUCGCCUCUAUAUCAAUUCUCGCAGUAGCUUCAUCUCAAUCGUUGACAUUAUACACAGGUGAUCAAACUGCUACAGCGACUUCAACUGCAUCAGCUGCAAAUGGAACAUACACAGGAUUAGCAGCAUAUGAUCCAACGACUUUAACACCACCCACACCACCUUCACCUGCUGUAACUUCAUACACAUUAACACUGCCAACCAACGCACAAGGCGUCAUCGAUGGUGGACAUCAAUUAUCGAUUUCGCAAAAAGGUAAUUUCUUAGGUUUUUCAGUGGAAUUGUCAAUUGCAAACUCAUUGAUGGGUGCAAGUUCAACUAAUAUGAAAGUACCUUUCUUGAAUUAUAUGGCAAAUAUACAGAAUAGAGCUGGAUCAGGGCCAAUUAUAAGAGUAGGCGGUAACAGUCAAGAAGGAUCUUCAAUAUUCGUAGGUGGUUUAGAAGAUGGUGCUAUCUUGGAUAAGAUAAAAGUUUCCUCAGGUGUCACCGAUACACCACUCAUCAACUACUCGCUCGAAUUAUUCUACUUGAUGGCGAAUAUCACUUCAUUAGUAGGAGCAGAUUGGUAUUUCGGAUUAUCGUUCAACGAAUCAGCCGUUGAUGAUCCAACCGGUAAUGUCCCAAUCGCAGCUACAUGGGCACAAGAAAUUUUAGGUGAACAUCUAUUAGCUUUGAGUGUCGGUAACGAACCUGAUCUAUAUGUCGAUCACAACAAACGAGAAUCAGGAUGGGGUCUAUCAAAUUAUGUUUCUGAAUUCGAUGCAAUGACACAAUCAAUCUUAACUCAAGGUCAAUUAACUGAUACAACAGCAUUUAUUGGUCCUUCAACAUGUUGUCAAGUAGUUGGAUUUGAAUUAGACGAUGUCUUCAAUGCUGGUUGGUUUGAAUCAAAUGUGAACAAUCUAGCAGCUGUAUCAGUUCAACAUUAUCCCACGAAUAACUGUAAAAUCAAUGGAAAUGUAAUCAACGCACAAGAUAUUUUCGCCGAUUUCUUGAACCAUACUUCAGCUCAAGCUCAAGUCAGCCCCUAUUUAGGAAACGCAGCAACUGUUCAAAGCGCUCAAAGGGAGUUAGUAAUGUUGGAAACCAAUACUGCUUCUUGUGGUGGUUUCCCUGGUUUAAGUGAUUCUUUCGGUGUCGCUUUAUGGAUGACCGACUACGCACUUCAAAUGGCUUGGGGUAACUUCACAACUGCUUUAAUGCAUGUCGGUGGUCAAAACGUAUACUAUAACCCAUUCACACCGCCCCCUUCAACCGAAUCAGCCAGUAAACAAUGGACCACAGGAUCCAUCUAUUAUUCGACUUUAGUCAUUGCCGAAGCAUUUGGAAAAUCAAACGUAUCAAAAGUGGCUGAUUUAACACCUACGUCAGAUCAAGAUGCCAAUUCAAUCUAUCAUUCCAUUUAUGGAAUCUACGAGAAUGACGCACCCACAAGAGUUGUCUUAUUCAACUACAUAGACGAUAACACAGGUGCAAGUGAUUUACAAACCACCAUAACGGUUGAUUCAAGUGUGACAUCGGUAUCAGUGCGAUAUUUAAGAGCGACAAGUGUAUCUGAACAAUAUGAUAUAACAUGGGCGAAUCAAACGUUAGGAACAUCAUUCGCAUCUGAUGGUAGAUUAUAUGGAACGCAAGACACUACCACUAUAACAUGCUCAAACGGGAACUGUAUAAUACCUGUACCUGCACCAUCUAUAGCAUUAGUCUUCUUAACAUCAGACGCAUUGACAAACUCGAAUCCGACAGAUGAUGCUAAAACCGAAUAUGAAACUUCUAUAGUUGGAACAGGAAGUGCAACAGUAAACAAGCAAGCACUCGAAACUUCAAACGGCCAAUCAGUUUCAAAUUUAACUGGAGGUGGAACUUCCAAAGGUUCAGCUUCUUCUGCUGAACCUUUACUGCUAUCAACAUCAGGAUUCAAGAAUGGAUUGAUAUCAAUCAUAGGUAUUACGAUAAUAAGUUCAUUGCUAUUACUGUAA